GCCAAGUGAUACUGAGACUGCGAACAAAUAUUUAGAACCUAUUUUUAAAGCAUUUCUAUAUUAUUAUAUUAUUAUCUGUAAGAGGUGCGUGAAUAUAAAUUUUUCUGGUGUUGUUUUAUAGCAAAUUUAUAGUCUGUUCCAUGUUCUCUGCUGUUCACCGGUAGAAUGGUACACCAAUGUUUGCACAGGUGUCUAUGUUUCAGUUUGAUGUUUAAACCUUCACUAUUGUGAUCAUUUGUGUGGCAUUUUUCCAUAAACUUGUUUCAUCUUGCACAGAAUGAGGCCUAAUUUUACACUUUUAGCUAUUCUUGCGAUCACUGUGACCUUUGUAGCAGCAAAUGCAGAUGGUAAACCGAAAAAGAAACUGCAGAUUGGAAUCACGAAAAGAGGCACAAAUUGUAACCAGAAGACCAGGAAGGGUGAUUUUGUCCAUAUUCAUUACACGGGUAAAUUAGAGGAUGGCACUGUUUUUGAUAGCAGUCUUCCCCGGGGAGAACCUCUGACGUUCACUUUAGGAGCUGAGCAGGUCAUCAAAGGCUGGGACCAAGGUUUAAUUGGAAUGUGUGAAGGAGAGAAACGUAAACUGAUCAUUCCUCCUGACCUUGCCUAUGGAGCAAAUGGAGCUCCUCCUAAAAUUCCUGCACACGCCACACUAAUUUUUGAAGUGGAGCUGACACUAAUAGAGCGGAAGACUGAACUCUAGUCAUUUUUUUCUGUGAAGAAUUUUUUUUUUUUUUUAUGUUUGUGAGCUAAAUACUUACAUUGUUCACUUGUAUGUAUACUUUUUCAAUACGUUUUUCUAUUGAAUUUUGUAAUUUUGUAUUUUUGGUUCUACUUGCAAUGUGAAAACUGCAUUAACAGUGUUCCUUUUGAAUCAUUUUCUCUGCGCCUGUCAAAAAAUAAGAUCCUGCAAGUUCUAAAAUUAAAGUUUAAAUUUCUAAGUA